UGUGGCGAUCUCACGAAAGGAAAGCGUUUUGGGAGCACUCGCGAGAUCUCGGACCACCCGACCCUAAAACGUUCUUAGGAAGUUUAAGGGCCUGGAGGAAGCCCGGGGGCAAAUGGCCGGGGCAGGGCCAACAGUGCUCCUGCGAGAGGAGAACGGCUGUUGCAGCCGGCGUCAGAGCAGCUCCAGCGCCGGGGACUCUGACGGCGAAGGUGAGGACUCGCCAGCUGCGCGUGCCCGGCAGCAACUAGAGGCGCUGCUCAACAAGACUAUGCGCAUUCGUAUGACAGAUGGGAGGACGCUAGUUGGCUGCUUCCUUUGUACGGAUCGCGACUGUAAUGUCAUCCUCGGCUCUGCGCAGGAGUUCCUCAAGCCGUCGGAUUCUUUCUCUGCGGGGGAACCCCGUGUGCUGGGUCUAGCCAUGGUACCCGGACACCACAUCGUUUCUAUUGAGGUGCAAAGGGAGAGCCUGGCAGGGGCCCCGUAUCUCUGACCACGACCGCACAUUUUUGAGACCAUUAAACCUAUAAUUAAAGUGG